AUGGUUUUAAUGAAGACUGGCGAAGGUGGCAUAAUAUUAAUUCCCGGCGCCACCAUUUUGGACUCCUACACGGACGAAGACGAAGAACUUCGUUCACUGGAAGGUCCUCCUAGUCCUUGCGAUGUGGAAUUCCUAAACAUAUCAUUUGUGGAUAGUAUUCCUGAAAUUUUUGAAUAUCCUUCGGAAACAUCACUUUUAUUUGAUGAAGUACCUUCACCUGUAUCAAACUCAACUUUAGGACAUUCAGUUCCUAAUCUAUCUGGAUCAACACUGUCAAAUUAUACGCCGAAAGGUACCGAGGACUUUCAGUUGGGAGUGACGCGUUCCAUCCAGAGUUCCUUGCAAACAGUUGAUAAAGACGAAACAGACAAGGCUGACUUGAUGAAGGAAGCUGAAGAGCCGAUUGCGUUCAGCGCUGGAACGAACUCAGACAUUCUUUUUUGA